GAUAAAGGUCAACACUUGGCAACAUUCACGGCCUUGUUCUUCACCAAUUCCCGUCUGUGUCGUCUACCGUCGGUUUUACAUUUUCUAACAGUAUUUCGUGUCCACAAUCAUGCUUGUUGUUCUCGUAACAGCCUGUAUCGCGUUGUCCUAUGCAGCUGCGGGACUCCCUGGACAUCUCAACAUGAUAUCCGGUCUCGCAGCGAGCAGACGCCAUCCGGGCAUUUUGUACGCCAUCCAAGACAACGCAGGGGAUGGGAACGUGUACAUGCUGGAUGCCACUGACGGCAGCGUCAAAGGAGUGUUGAUAGUCCAGCAUGGCGAAGAAGCUGACUGGGAAGACAUUGCUGUAGGUCCCUGUCCCGACGGCGACAGCUGCAUCUACAUUGCCGACUCGGGGAACACCAAACAUAAGUCCAGCAACGUGGUCUACAGAGUGAAAGAACCGGACUAUACCUUCACCCAGGACAUUCCGCUCACCGGCAAAUACCACUACACGUGGAAUCAUCCCAUGUCCGAAUCGCUUAUGGUUGAUGCUGCAGGAAACGUAUUCAUCCUUUCCGAGGCAACCGGAACCGGAAGUACUCUCGGACAACUUCCCUCGAGCGGAUGGACCAGCGGAAGUCAGGCUGCAGUGAAGACUGUUCUGACCUUGCCCAUCACCACCGCCAACAAAGGCCCUCUAGCGGCAGAUAUCUCCCCAGAUGGGAAACAACUCUUGAUAAAGACAUUAGAUCACGUCUAUGUAUGGUCUAUGCCCGAUAUGAAUGUGAAGAAAGCGCUGAGUCAUCCGGGAAAGGCUAUUCAUGGGUACCACCCAGAGCAUCGAGGUGAAGCUAUUGCAUGGUCGGCCGAUGGACAUGGCUUCUACACAGAAGGAGAAGGCUCCAACGAAAAGUUGCAUUUUCACAGUUUUCCAUAAGCCUUAAAAAUCAUUUCUCGGAUUUUAAGCAACGUCCGAUGACUAUUGUUUCACAUGAAUUGAUUCGAAGUCUAGACAUUUUCCACCAAGUCUGAUAAAUAUAUCCUCUCGUUCAAACGAGCCUCAUCUUUCAGAGGCAAGGGAGUUAACUGACUAAUAAAGUCCAGUUUCCACACUUGCCGAACUAGA